CUUCUCUCUGUUUUCUCUCCUCUCUCAUUCCUUUCUGCUGCUGAAAUAUUUGACCGUUGCCUCUCUCUGUUUCUCUCUCCGAUACAACUGAGUUUCUUGAUGGUGGUUAAAUUAUGAAGAAUUUGAGGUUUAUAACAGUGUUCUUCUUCAAGUUCCAGUGAUGAAGCCAAGGAAACCAAACAGGUUUCUUAUAGCACUCUAUAAUAUUCUAUGAGUCUGAUAGAAGAUCAACAUCAAUUCUCUUCUAAUUCUGGAUUUGACUCAAGUCUGAAGUUCUCAUAGAGAAAAGUUAAAAAGAUAUGGGGGGAUGUUCUGCUUCCAAAUUAGACAAAGAAGAGGUUGUUCAGCUCUGCAAAGAUCGAAGAAACUUCAUCAAACAAGCCGUUGAUCAUAGAACUCGCUUUGCCUCUGGCCACAUUGCAUAUCUUCAGUCUCUAAAGAGAGUCUCCGUCGCUCUUCACAACUUUGUUGAUGGACAAGAGCAUCAUGAUUUCCUCUUGGAUUCAUACAAUACUCCCCCUUUUAGCACACCUGUAAAGAGAUUAAGCCCACAGAUCAUCAGUGUUCCUCUUAAAUCCUUCACGCCAACACCACCAAAGCAAUCGGCAAAGAGCACUGUCCAUGUGAUGAAGUACUUGAGAUCGAAUGCAAAUCCAUCGGUUUCAGUUGAAGAGAGGCCUCAACCAGCACAAACCGUAAGGAUUGAUUCAUAUUACCCUCCAAAUCCAUAUAAUAUCGAUGGUUUCUUUGCUAUGGAAAGUUCUCAAGUGAGCCCAUCAUUCUAUCCUUCGCCUUAUCACAGACCAAAUUACCCUCCGCCAUCACCUCAAAAUUCACAGUGGGAUUUAUUUUGGAACCCCUUCUCUUCAAUGGAUACUUAUGGAUACCCCUCUCGGUUAACCAUUGAAGAUGAGAUGGCUAGGCUAAGGCAAGUAAGAGAAGAAGAAGGGAUUCCGGAUUUAGAAGAGGAUGAUGGAGAAGAGGAAGGACACAUAGUAGGUGAAGAGGAGGAGGAGGAAGAAGAAGACACAGAAGAAGAAUUUAUAGAGGUCAAUUUGAAUGAUAAGGCAUCUAAUAAGAUUGAUCCUCAUCCCUCGACCGGGAAUGCUCCUAAUGAAAAUGUUCCUAGAGCUAACGAUAUACAUGAGAUUAAAGGAUUGCAGUCCCGGGGGUUAGGGAGUAUUGAAGUGGCAAAAGAACAAAAUGCCGUAGAGCUUGAGGUCACUAGAAGCAAGCAAGAGGUUAUGAGGAAUAGAGAGCCGGCAGAAGAAACUCCUGGAUUUACUGUAUAUGUAAACCGAAGACAUUCAAGUAUGAGAGAGGUCAUGAAGGAAAUCAACGAGCAGUUUGUAAGGAUUUGUGAUUGUGCUCAGGAGGUUUCUACGAUGUUAGAGGCAAGCAGAGCUCAGUACUCUUCGACAUCAAGUGAAAUCUCAGCUAGCCGAAUGUUGAACCCAGUCACUUUAUUCCACUCAGCAUCAUCACGAUCGACAUCUUCCAGGUCCUUUCUUGCUUCAUCCAGUUCAAGAGAUGAUUCCUAUGAAAGCAGUAGCGAUUACUCUGAAGAAUCCAGUAUGGAAUCAGGAAGUCACCAGUCUACGCUAGAUAGAUUAUAUGCAUGGGAAAAGAAAUUAUACCAGGAAGUGAAGUCUGGAGAACGCAUAAGAAUGGCAUAUGAGAAGAAAUGCAAACAACUAAGGAAUCAGGAUGUCACCGGAGAAGAGCCUUCAUCAGUUCAUAAAACAAGAGCUGCUGCAAGAGAUCUCUAUACAAAGCUCAAAGUUUCUGUGCAAACAGUUGAAUCCAUAUCAAAGAGGAUUGAUGCUCUGAGAGAUGAAGAGUUGCAUCCACAACUCAGGGAGUUGAUACAAGGGUUAGCAAGGAUGUGGAGAACAAUGGCGGACUGCCACCAGAUUCAAAAGCGCGCAAUCGACGAAGCCAAGGUCCUCCAUUAUGCUCGCACGUCACCCACCGCCACGAAACAAUCCGAAACUUCCCCACCGAAACCUCCCCGAAUCUGCCACGACCUCGAAUCGGAGCUUCGCCGGCUGCGCUCCUCCUUCGCCUCCUGGAUCUCCUCCCAGCGCUCCUACGCCCAAACCCUCGCCUCCUGGGCCCACCUCUGCGCGGCCGCCAUCAAAGACACCGGCAUUGCCUCCCGGGCCCCCGUGUUCGACCUCUGCGGCCGUUGGCCCAACAUGUGGACGCCGUCAGCGAGGCUCAGGCGAUCGACGGGCUCGCAUUUCUUCGCUGCCGGGAAUCGGAUCCGUGUAUCGAGUUGGAGAAGAGAAGGACGAGGAUGCGACGCCAAAGAUGACGGAGGAUAAGACGGCGGAGUUGGCGGGAAUGGGGUUCUGUGUGCGGGGAUGUCGGUGGCCGUCGGGAGUUUGACGGAGUUCGCCGUUAAGUUGGCGGAGGGGUAUGAGGGUUUGGGGGGU